CUAUCAGAGUGCAGAGCUAUGGCAAAGGGUUUCAAAGCAAAGAGUAGAUAGGGCCGUUAAAUAGACAGGAUCUAGUUAUUUAUUUUAUGGACAGGAUACGAGUUACCCGCAGGCGGAUCCUGUCUCAGGAUCGAUUAAUUUGUUCUUCUCUGUAAUAGAAACCUGGUAAGCCUGGUAAUAUACCUAUUAACAAGGUAGAUAGAUAGUUCUCGUAGCUUAGGCCAAUAUUUAAAAAAAAGAAAAAAAAAAGAAGAAGACGUCUGACAGAAGACAGAUGGUGGUUGUGUUUUGACGUUUGAAAUUAUUCCUUGGCGGUUUUAUAUUUUGAAUUUGAUAUUAACAAGUGAUUAACAAUAAACCAGAGAAAAAUAGCAAUAAACCAAUAAGGUUAAGAAAUGGAAAGUUUAGAGAUACAAAUAUUAGAGUUUGGAACGAAAAGGGACAUACAGUCCCUUGAAAAAUUAUUAGCCGUUACAGACAAGCAAGAUCUCUCAGAUAUGAUAAAAGUUAAAUUUAACAGCCCCGGUUUUGGCACUCUUUGGGGAUACAUACUACAGGGUUUCAGUGAUAAAGACGUUUGUCAUAAAAAAAGAUUAGAAAUUAUAAUGUUAGUUUUAAAUGAAUUGGGGAAAAGGGAAGUAUUCUCUUCCCAAAAUUGUUUAACACUUGUUCAGCAGAUAUGUUUAAGUUUAGUGAAAUUAAAGACUGAGCACUUAAUAGAAUUAUGUAAUUAUUGUUUGAAUAUUCUGCAAUCAAAUAAAGCAAGUCUCAGUGCAAGCUGUAUAUGGAGUAAUCUUUUACCUGACUGUUUAAGAGUUUUAUCUGAGAAAGACAUUGUACUUUAUAAUGAACUGGAGUAUACCGGCGAAGAAUUUAGAUCUAAUUUUAUUAGUAAUAUUUGUAUGGGUAAUUGGUCUCCAGAGAUAAUAACACCUUUAACAGUAAUGUUUACUGAAAUGUCAGUUUCCAAAGAAGAACACAAAAAAAUUGUGAAUAAGUUGUCUUGUUAUAUUGAAAAAUUAACACCACAAGAAAUUCCACCAUUAGUUUAUCAACUGUUAAAAUUAUGCAGACACCAAAAUAGUCAUUUAGUGUUUUUGAAACUCCAGGACUAUUUUAAUCAUAGAAUCUAUAAAAAUACUAAUUUAAUUAAUAGUAAUAGCGAAAGCCUUGAUUUGGAUUGUAUAGAAAGUGCCGAAGAUCAUGAUGCUCUAGAAGCAGAAAGUACUGUAUUAUUUCAUAUACAAAAUGCAGCAUCUAUAGGACAUAAUUGCAUCAAGGAUUAUUUAAACUUUUUAAAAAAUCUUGUAAAAGCUCCAAAGUACAUUCUGCAACCUUUCCAACUUCUGGCAUUAUUCCGUAUUUCAACAGUACAACAAUAUCAGGAAAUUGUUUUUGAUAUAAUUAGAUCAUGCAUAGUCAAAAGCUAUAAUGAACAACAGAGAAGUAACUUAUCAUUUUGGUAUCGCGAUCUUUGUAAGACAAAAUCAGAUCCAGAAACUUUAUUUAUGCAAAUUAUAAAUAUGGGAGAUAGAGAAUAUUUAUUAGAGUCUUUGGUGAGCUUCAGCUUUGUUUUAUUGAAUGUGGGAUCAGGAUUAGGAAGAGAUAUAAUUGCUGAGAAACAAUGGUCAUUGGGAAAUAAAAUACUUAUUAAAAUUAUUCAGAAGAAAAGAUAUAUUUUAAUGACAAUAUUGAAAACUAUUUGUAUCCAUGUUGUAACUAAACAGUCUGCUAUUCAAUAUGUAGAUUGCUUGUAUAUUCUAUGUAAAGAAAUGCCUCUAUUAAUGUUGGAGAACCAAAAUUCUAUAACGGAGUUAAUGGAGAGUCUAGUACAAAUACCUGAAGCUACUGCAAAUCAGUUAUUAUAUGCCUUAGCUCUCUUAACUCGAGCUUCUCCCACAAUAAGGGAUCAACUUAUUUUAAUAUUAAGGAAAGGUUUAUAUUCCAGGUCAAUGGAAACUCGACAAGUAGCUGUAAACGGCUUUGUAAAGCUAAUUGCAACACUAAAAUUAUCUACCAUACACUUACAAAGUGAAAGUAGUGCAUCACUUUCGUCUGGAUAUUCAUUGUACACCCAAAUUUCCUUGGGUAGAGCCAGCCAAACGUUAAAAUCGAGUAAUUUUAGCAAUGAAGCGAUAUGCUGGGAAAUUUUAGGAAUUUUAAAAAGAUGUUUUGUUCAGCAGAUAGAAGUCAAAUCCAUAUUAUAUGAAAGUUUAAGUAACGCGGUAGAUAUCAACGAAGAUUUAGGGAUUCCUGUAUUGGAAACUCUUUGGUUUCAUUUUAUGGAAUAUUAUAUUAUAGACGAAGAUACCAUUCCUCCGCUUAACUUUAUUAAGAGUACAUCGUUAAAAGAAACUAAUAGCAUAUUAGCUGAACCUUUGGGAAAACUAAUAUACUCCAUAGCCCACAUUACUGCAAAACUUAACGAAUCUGAAGAUAAAAAAGAUAAUUCUACAGUGAUAAAAUAUGGUCAAAUUUUAGAUUCUAUUUGCAAUAGAAUGAUAAACUGUGAAUUUGUUCAUCUGGAACUGGAUGAUGGAUCAGACCUUACCGAUAUCUUACCCGAAUCUCAACAAAAAAUGCUCGUUUUAAAAGAGGUUUUAACUGUGUAUGAGGCUCUAAUAGGAUAUAAAAUACUUACUUGGACUAGAGAAUGUGAGAAUCAAGCUUCAACCAUAUCAAGUUUAUUUCAAGCCUAUAACAGAUUUGUGAAUUUUGGAAAAAAUCUAAGUAAACCAAAAAAAGGUAAAAAGAAAGAUAAAAUUACUCAAAAGGACUCCCAAAUAUCCCAAAAGCAAACUCAGAAAAAUGAAUCUCAUACUAGCAAUACAAGAAUAAAUAAUGACGAUAUUCAGAAAAUUCAGGGUAAACCGUUUAAAGUACCAGAUUGUAUUUUAGCUUUCGAUGUCGUUGAAAAAAGUUUUAAGAUACUAUUGGAGUCCUCAGUUUCUUGGGGAACAGUGAAUCAAGUUAACAUGAUUAAAACGAAAACAAACAUUCAUAGGCAUUUUAUCCAAGCAGCUAUAUUUCUAAUUAACAAAUUAAAAAGUCAUAAAUUAAAUAAUCGUAACAAACAAUUGAUUUUUCGAUAUGUUUCUUCCCUGUGUAAAACAAUCUACGAUAGAGUUAUUUUAAGAUUCAACGAUUAUGUAGAUUUUGACUGUACAUCGGCGAUCUGGGCUAUCGAAUGUUUUCAUAGUAUUAUUUUGUUAAUUAGUAAUCAGUAUAAAGGAAGAGUUGUAGAUUUUUUCACUGAAGUUGGUGGCAAAGAAAAGGAAGUAGAAUUGAUAGAACAUCUGAAACCGUUUUUUGAAGUUCUUAAAAAACUUUUUGAUACUGAUGAAGACGAGCUUUCAAAUGAAAUAGAAAUUAAGAAAUUAUCGUUAAUACUUUUUAACUGCAUAUCAGUUUUUUGCGGUUUUUUGCCUAACCAUAGUAACGUGUUAAGUAUAGAGACAUACGAUUGGUUAAAAGGACAUAUUUAUGAAGCUAGAGUAUCUCAUAAAGUUUGCGGAGCAUUUUUGAAUUUAUUGUUUGAGUUACAUUUAAGGUAUAGACCAGGCCUGGACAUUUUGGAAAAAGUUGCAACUUUUUGUGAGGGAUCUCAGAGUGACAGUAUGAAUGAAACUGAUGAACAGAUAGUAUCUAUUGAAAAGGAAAGGUUUAAUCCAACUGUUCUGUCUCUGUGUACUAAUAUUAAGGUUGUACUAGAUGACGUUGACAAUAUAGUUGGCCAUAUGAAAGCCGAAUUUUAUAUCCUAAAUGUAUUAAGCAAUAAUAAUGUUGAAAGAAGAGAAGAAAAUUUAAGGGCAAAGGAAAAAGGCAUUUCUUGUCAGCUAUGUUUUGUGACAAAAAUAUUAACAAGCAUUGUUAACGCAUUAAUUCUAUUGGAAGUCUAUAACCCCGAACCAGUUACUAAAUACUUAAUACAGUUCUACUCGUCCGUUUCUGCAUUAACAAAAUAUUUUUUGGGAAAGUCGUCGAAGAAUCAUGCUGCUUUCCAGGGUGUCUGGUUUGAAAAGUUAAUCAAGUUAGUUGGUAAAGAACUAAAUCCUAAUGUUUACGACUUUAUUGGAAAAAUUGGCGAAUCCACAGAAAUUGGCAAUAAUGAAAAACAAAGUAGCAGCAAAACAAAAGAAAGCAUUGCUGCGAAAAAUAAAUUUCUAAAACAAUCAAAACUUAUUCCGAAGAUUGUGUAUGAAAUUGAACAACUUAGUAGAUACUUAAUUCAGCUUACUAAAAAAACUAAAGUGGAUCUGUCGAAAUAUAUAGGGCAAGGAGUUGCAAGGGAUUUUAGGGUAAAACCGUCUAAGCAAUCUCAAGAUGAAUCAGGAUCAAGACAACAAAGUGAAGACUCUCCUAGUGAAGAAGAAGAGCCAAAUCAAGGUGAUAAUAUUGCAGAAAGCAGUAGUGAUGAAGCUCCGACUCCAUCAAAGAAAAGAAGAUAUAAGAUAUAGACAAUAUAUAAAAUAUUCCUGUUGAAAGUUGAGAGGUGUAUUUCUUAUAUUAAAAUUUUAUACAUUAGAUUAUCA